UCUUUAUCGAAGCAAAGUAGAUUAUUUUCUGCUCACCUCGGCUUAAUUUGGGUAGAUAAUUGUUCAUUUUGACAAAGUGCAUACAACACAGCCAGCAGUCAUUCAUGUGAAGAUGAUCGAGUUGCCGAUCAAGUUUCAGCUGAGAUGACCCGUUGAAAAGUUUAACAGGAAAUCAAAGAGCUAUUCAACCAUGCACCGAUCUUGAAACAUUGCAGUAGAAGAACCGAUCACAAAUAAUCUUCUAAAACUAUCGUGACAAAGAAAAGCAGGAUAUGACGGUCUUCACUUCUCCAUUCAAUACUAUCCUGAUUUUGUCUGCUAUUUUUCUUGUUAUCUACAAUGAGUACUAUGAAUUCCUAACAGUCAAGCACAGCCAAUGGACUGCAUCUGAGGCCACCCUUCCUCCACUGACCAGAUCAGAUGGACGCGAUACUGUGCGGAUUCUCUUUGUUGGUGAUCCUCAAAUACAAGGAUACCAAGACGAGCCGGCCUUACUCGGUUACAUAACUCGAUGGGAUGCCGAUCGCUAUUUGAAGACUUACUACCAUCAUGCACUCAGCUUUGUUAAUCCUGAUGUUGUGAUUAUAAUGGGAGAUUUAUUGGAUGAAGGCAGUAUAUCUUCUGAUUGGGAGUUUGAGAGAUAUGCAACAAGGCUGAAGAAUAUCUAUCGGGUACCAGAAGGAGUACAGAUAAUCUAUCUGGCUGGGGAUAAUGACAUCGGAGGAGAAGGUAACGAUCCUAUUACCUCACAGAAGAUCUCGAGAUUUGAGAAGCAUUUCUCGUCUGUCACCGAAGCAGUGCAAUAUAAACACGUAGCCUUCCACAAGAUCAAUGUGCUACCAUACAUCCACCGUCCACCUAGUGAAAGACAAGAUAGCUCCUUCAGGACUCAGUUACAGGAGAUGGGGAAGACUACACAGAGUGCAAGUAUUCACAUAGUCCUCUCGCAUACAGGAAUCUCAGAAGCCAUGUUGCAUAGGCAUAUACAAAUUAUGCGAGUGCUGAAACCCAAGUAUGCCUUUAGUGCCCAUUCCCAUUAUUCAAGUUACAUGAAGCACAAUCUACUGCAGCUGGUGGACUUUUACAAAAAAGUUUAUCCGAGAGAUAGCACAUUGGAUCGCAUCACGGAAGAUAUCUUCAUGGAGGAAUAUAGGAUACCUACUUGUAGCUAUCGCAUGGGGGUACCCAAUAUGGCAUAUGCAGCAGCUGUAAUAGAUGCAGACGGCACCCUGCACUACACACUCCUAUGGCUUCCCUCACGUUACAGACAGCUCUAUAGAUACGCAGCAUUCGCCAUCUUCAUAGCAGUGGUUAUCUUCUACCGCUUCAUGUGUAGACCUCGAGCGAGGAGGAGACACGACUAUUACUCUUACAAUUCUCAUAUUGGCUCAUGAUCAUGAUGGGUUUUGUAUAUUUAUUUUGUGAUAUUUCUUCAAAUAGUACUGUAGUCUUGUGUGCUGUCUUUGCUGUGCAAAGGAAGAUUUUUUUGUACAAGAUGGGGGAUUUUUGUAAGUGAAGGAGAGAGGGUCUUACUGGUGGGAGGAAUAUUGAUUGUGGUAGUGUAUACCACUAACUUUCUGAGUGGAAUUUGCUGAAAGACAGUUCAAAUAGCUUUGAGUAAAAUCACAUUUGCAGUGAAUAAGAGGGAUUCAGGUGACUCCUGUGGGAAUAUCAGGGUCCUGUUGUACAAAGAGUUGAUCCGAUCAAUCGUAACUCGAUGGAAAUCCAUUAGUGUCAUAAUUUUUUCU